GCUUACAUUUCUUUUUUUCGACAGCAGAUUUUAUUAAAAAAUUGUAUAUUAAAUCAAUUGCGUGCAGCUUUUGGUUGGGGUGUUGAAUGUGCCCAUGCAUAAAGCGGGUGGGCCCGGAAGCGCCUCACGUUAAAUGGUAUAAAUCAUAUUAUGGCUAACAGAAUACAGAGCAUUUAGUGUGGUUGCUCUGCACUUUAAAACAAUUAGAACCAACUAUUAAGGCUAAGGCAAUUAAAACCAAUUUAAUUGACCCAUUAUAUUGUUAAAUAAAAAAGAAUCCUUUGGCCCAUUAAGUUGUCAAUAUUUUGACAUUUCAUGUCAGGUUCUUAGAGGCCAUAAAAGGAAUGUUCUUGGCGUGUUGCUUUUCAGUCAUUGGUAAAGGCUUCUAUCGUUGACUGUUGUAUUGCUUACAUUUUCUUACAAUGACCAAAACGGCUGUAUCCCGGUUCUGUGCGAUCGUGAAAGUCAUUCGCUUUUGUGUAGGCUUCUGUGGCACAGAUGUCUCCGAUCCUAACUAUCGCAUGUGGGCGCUGACUUAUAUUGUAAUCACCUCCGUUAUCUUCUUUUUUGCCUGUACCUUGUAUACGAUUUAUGUGGGCGUGGUAUUGAAUAACGACUGGACGAUAAUAUUGCAGGCAUUUGCCGUGGCUGCUUCAGCGAUGCAGGGCUUAGCGAAGUUGUUGACCUGUGUGACCAAUGCGUCAUUAAUGCGUAACAUACAGGGCACCUACGAGGCCAUUUACAAGGAGUACGAGGGAAGGGAUGGCGAAUAUACAAAAUAUCUACACAAACGCAUCAAUAUCUUCUGGAACCUAAUGUGGGCGUUCAUAUGGGUGUACACGAGCAUAGUGACCGCUAUGAUCUGCUAUCCCUUGUUUCAUUUUAUCGCCUACAACCAGAAGCUGAUGGUCUUACAGUUUCUAGUGCCGGGUAUCGAUCACAAUAGCGACAGCGGACAUCUGAUGCUGAUCACACUGCACAUCAUGUGCUUGAUCUUUGGUGCAUUUGGUAACUUUGGUGGCGACAUGUACCUCUUUUUGUUUAUCACCAAUGUGCCGCUACUAAAGGACAUAUUUAAAGUGAAAUUUGAAGAGCUCAACGAGCUGCUACUGCAGAACGUUAAGUAUGAGGAGAUGCACAGCAUGUUUUGGGAACUGCUGGCCUGGCACCAGAAGUAUGUAAAGAUCCUGCACGGAACGAAGAAGGUCUUCAAAACUGUUAUGUUCGUCCAGCUUUCAACGGCCUGCAUCAGCAUAUUGUGCACAAUUUCUUGCAUUUUUAUGAAGGUCUGGCCCACAGCUCCAGCCUAUUUGUUGUAUUCGUUUAUAGUACUGUACACCUUUUGCGGCCUGGGCACCAUAGUGGAGAACACGAAUGAACACUUUACAAAUGAAAUCUACUCGACUUUGUUGUGGUACAAGCUGCCGGUUAAAGAGCAAAAGAUCGUGAUUCUCAUGCUAGCCAAGUCGCAGAAUGAACUGGUUCUAACUGCAGCUGAUGUACUUCCGCUUUCGAUGGCUACUGCCCUGCAGUUAACCAAGGGUAUAUAUAGUUUUAGCAUGAUGCUAUUUAACUACUUGUAGAACGUGAAGUAAUCAGGAGAUGCUCGAUUGGCACAUGAUAAAUCUAAUAAUCUCUUUGUUUAAUAAAUAAAUAUCUGUUCUAAGUAUAUAUCAUCAGACAAGCUUAAUAAAUUUGAUGA